GCAAAAUGAAGUAUCUAUAAAAAGUUUUGAAGGGCUUUCUCAGAAAAACUCUUAAACCCUAGAUUGAUCUUCCCGGCGGUCCCAAUCCGUGGAGGAGAUUAUCAUAGAUUCCGCCUUUAAUGGGUGCAUUUAAGAAGGAUAAAACAAUGGAUGAAGAUGAUUUGAGUGAUGUUGAAGAAGAAUUAGAGUCGAAAUCUGAUUCUGAGCAAGAAUUGGUGCCAUUGAAGGAACCUUCAAAGGAUGUGGUGUAUAAUGAAGAUGGCCUUUUGGAGAAGCUUGAAGACAUAGCAUGGCCGGAAAAUGUGGAUUGGAUGCAUAAGUUAACUAUUGAUCAUGAGCAAGCAGCGGAUAUUGAUGUUGAAGAUGAUCUUGCUCGUGAAAUGGCGUUUUACACUCAGGCAUUGGAUGGUACACGGAAGGCCUUUGCGAAUCUGCAAUCCAUUGGCUUGCCUUUUCUUAGGCCUCCAGACUAUUAUGCAGAAAUGGUGAAGUCGGAUACUCACAUGUUGAAGGUGAAAAGCAAGCUCUUGGUGGAGAAGAAGAAAAUUGAGGAGGCUGAGGAGAGGAAGAAGGCAAGAGAAGCCAAGAAGAUUGCGAAAGAGGUCCAGGCUCAGAAGAAUAAAGAGCGGGCCAAGCGCAAGAAAGAAGACAUUGAAUCUGUCAAGAAGUGGAGGAAGCAGAGGCAGCAAAGCGGUUUUGCCAAAGGGAAAGAUGAGGAUCCGGGUUUCAAUUUUGAUGAAGGGAAUAGCUUUGAAAGGUCUAAGAAGAAGAGGCCGGGUGUGGCUCCUGGAGAUAGGUCUGGAGGGUUCAAAAAACAAGGAUGGAAUAAGAAGAGGGACCAUAGAGAAUCUAAAUUUGGACAUGGUGGUAGGAAGGGUAUGAAGAAGCAGAAUACUGCCGAAUCCACUAAUGACUUUAAGAACUUCAACAAAGGCGAGAGGAAGAAGUGAAGAACAGGCUAAGAUGUUUUCUUGCUGUUUGUUUUGCUUAUUAACAAGUUUCGGGAUUAGUAUCUGUAUCAAGUAUUGGAGACUCCUGAUGGAUUUCACAAGGUAACUUUAAGCUCUUUAUGUUGUAUAACUUUUUCUUAGUUUAUCUAUCAAGCAUUUAGUUUUAUCUGUUUGGUAUCUUUGGUGUGAUAACCAGGCAUUUUUUCGCAAGAACAUCUAAAAUGGUUGUAGCUAAAGUUGUAUUUGUGAACAUUAAUUUGUUGAUGGCUGGAAUGAAGAACUUUGCUGUGGUGGUAAA